CUAUCUGAAUCAACCAAGUUCUCCCCUUCUUGUAAAUUAUGGAGGAGGUUUGAUAUUAACAGCUUACACAAAGCAGGAGAUGUGAUUUUGGGGGGUCUUUUUGAGGUACACUACAGCUCACUAUUCCCUGAGUGGAUAUUCACUUCAGAGCCACAAGAACCGGGCUGCAGUGGCUUUGACCCUUUAGGCUUCCGACAUGCUAUGACAAUGACUUUUGCUGUUGAAGAAAUAAACAACAGCACUGAGCUCCUUCCAAACUUGACCCUGGGCUACAGUUUGUAUGAUAACUGUGCCACGCUGGAUAUUGGCCUCAGUGCAGCUCUGUCAAUGGCCAGUGUGCAGACAGAGAGCUUUGUGCUACAGGAAAACUGCACAGGGAUUCCUCCUGUAAUUGGUAUUGUGGGUGAUCCCUUCUCUACAUUUUCUAUUGCAAUAUCAAAUGUUCUGGGUUUAUUUCGACUGCCAAUUGUAAGUUAUUUUGCCACAUGCUCUUGUUUGAGCGACCGACAAAUGUUUCCUUCCUUUUUUCGGACUAUUCCAAGUGAUGUCUUUCAGGUCCAUGCAGUGAUGCAGAUUCUAAAACAUUUUGCCUGGACAUGGGUGGGGCUUCUGGUCAGCGAUGAUGACUAUGGCCUCCAUGUUGCCAGAGCUUUCCAGACAGACUUUGCCCAGGCUGGUGAAGGAUGCCUGGCUUACACAGAGAUCCUGCCUUGGGGUUAUGACCUGGACAUUUACAGUAAAAUAGUCGACGUGAUCAAAAGCUCGUCUGCCAAAGUCGUGAUUGUGUUUGCCCAUCAGAUGCAUAUGAUUCAACUCAUAACUGAGGUGGUUAAGCAGAAUGUUAGAGGUUUGCAGUGGAUUUCCAGUGAAGCUUGGACAUGCGUUGAGGGACUUCACACUCCUGAAUUCAUGCCAUAUCUCUCUGGAACGUUGGGCAUUGCAAUCCGUCGAGGCGAGAUGCCGGGAUUCCAAAACUUUCUUCUAAACAUAAAUCCAAAACAAAACUCUAAAGAAAAAGACAUGGUUCACCAGUUUUGGGAGCACACAUUUGAGUGUAGGUUUGCUCCAGCACCUGCAGAGUGGACAGAAGCUGGAGGAGCUUUGUGCACUGGACAUGAAGAUCUGCAGAACAUAGACACUGAGUUCCUGGAUGUGUCCAACCUCAGACCAGAGUAUAAUGUGUAUAAGGCUGUGUAUGCUUUGGCUCAUGCUCUGGACCAACUGCUGCGCUGUGAACCAGGGAGAGGGCCGUUCCCUGGGAACAGCUGUGCCACUCUGCACACACUGGAGCCAUGGCAUCUCUUGUAUUAUCUGGAAAAGGUUCACUUUACAACACAGUUUGGAGAUGAGGUAUUGUUUGAUGAGAAUGGGGAUGCUCUGCCCACAUAUGACGUCAUGAACUGGCAAUGGCUCCAAAAUGGACAAACAAAAGUUGUAAAUGUGGGUGAAUUCAAGAAAUCAGCCUUCCAAGAAGAGAGGAUUAUACUCUAUGAGCAUAAGAUUAUGUGGAACAUGCAAUUCACAGAGCCUCCUCGGUCAGUGUGCAGUGAGAGCUGUCCUGCAGGAAGCCGCAUGGCCAGACAAAGAGGUCAGCCUGUGUGCUGCUUUGACUGUAUCCUCUGUUCUGAGGGCACCAUCAGCAACACCUCAGACUCCAUGGACUGCAGCGUGUGUCCAGAGGACUUCUGGUCCAGUCCUGCUUGUGACCAGUGUGUUCCUAAGAAAACAGAGUUCCUGUCCUACCAUGAGCCUCUGGGGAUCUGCCUGACCACAGCCUCACUGCUGGGAGCAUUUAUUUGUGCCGCUGUGUUUGGCAUCUUCACAUAUCACCGCAGCACACCACUGGUCAGAGCUAAUAAUUCAGAAAUGAGCUUCCUGCUCCUGGUGUCUCUCAAACUGUGUUUCCUGUGUUCUCUGCUGUUCAUUGGACGUCCCAGACUGUGGACAUGUCAGCUGCGACAUGCAGCAUUUGGGAUCAGCUUUGUGCUGUGUGUCUCUUGUAUUCUGGUGAAAACCAUGGUGGUGCUGGCUGUGUUCAAGGCCUCAAAACCAGGAGGUGGUGCCACCUUGAAGUGGUUCGGUGCAUUACAGCAGAGAGGGACAGUUUUUGCUCUUACAUCUGUCCAAGCAGUCAUCUGCGUUGCAUGGCUUGUAUCAGCCUCACCAACACCUCAUAAAAACAUCAAAUAUCAUAAUGACAAAAUAGUUUAUGAAUGUGUAGUUGGCUCAACUAUGGGUUUUGCUGUUCUUCUAGGCUACAUUGGUUUACUGGCUUUGUUGAGUUUUAUGUUAGCAUUUCUGGCCAGAAAUCUCCCUGAUAAUUUCAAUGAGGCCAAACUCAUCACGUUCAGUAUGUUGAUGUUCUGUGCUGUGUGGGUGGCCUUUGUCCCUGCUUAUGUCAACUCUCCAGGUAAAUAUGCAGAUGCCGUGGAGGUAUUUGCCAUCCUGGUGUCUAGUUUUGGCCUCUUGGUGGCGCUGUUUGGACCAAAAUGUUACAUAAUAUUACUGAGACCAGAGAGAAACACAAAGAAUGCAAUAAUGAACCGUUGUAAUACAAAAGCAUAUAACUAA